GGCUGAGCAAGUUGUUGUUCCCGAGACGAUUUUGUUGGCAGCGCUGACAGCAAAGAUUCAAAAGCUAAACAACGAGAACAAUCCAAAAUUAUCUUUGAGUGACAUCACACGGAACUCCACUGCAAUGCUUUUUCGAUAUAGGUGCGGGUGCUACUGUCGAUUAUGGCCGCUUUACAAUGUCUAGGUUCGUGCGGCGUAGCAGGGAAGCACAACACAGCCACGAAAACUACUGCGGAGAAAUGGAAACGUCACAUCGUCCGCCAGCUGAAACAUCGGGACAGAUCUCAGAAGAUAAUGUUUCAAGAUGUCAUACUAUCGUAUAUCAAGCUCCUGGAGAGGUCACAUCAAAGGACAUUAAUAACACAAGGAAUAUUUGGAUCAGUGGCAAGGCCUGCAGUAACUAAGUCUUCCAAGGAUUCCUUGACAGCAGAUGAGGCUACAGUGAGAGAUCUAAGGAAAACAAGUGGAGAGUUAGCUUACCAGGUGGUGGAACUUCAACAGGCGAUAAGAAUCAAGGACUCUGUACUUGAAGAGCAACAUGCCAGAAUGUGUGAGGUGCAGAGGCACCUGGGGACUGUGGAGGCAGAGUUUGUGGGGCUGCAGGCCCGCGUGGAGGAGGUUCGAGAGGGGAACCGUGUGCUGAAGAGGGAGUACGAUACCCUGCUGGAGCGGCACCACAGCAUGGAUGAGACGUACAGGCAGGAGAAGGUGCGCGGCUCGGAGCUGCUGGAGGACAUGAUUCAAAGGAAGCGCCUGGCAGCUGUCAACAUGAACAGCAAGAAUGAGAAGAGAGUGAGAGCGAGAGAAGCCAAUCUUCAAAGGGAGCUUGAGACUGCGGCCAAGAAAAAAGUGAACAUAGACAUUGGUUUUGGCAGUAUGCCUUCAACCGUUGCGCCAUCGACGAAGGGUGAGGUAGCGGAAAAGCUUGAAAAACAACAUGGCCGACUCUUUAGGUCAGCCUCAGCUACAUCACCCCGGAUUUUAGACUCCAUUAAAGAACUCUUCGAGAAAAGGAGACGAGGUAAUACAUUGUGCAGUCUGGAGGAGGACCUGUAUGCUCCUGUGGGGAUAUGCCUGGCAGCCAGGGUACCUUCUAAAGCACUGCAUAUUCUGGAUGCCCAUGAAUUGGGUAUUAAUGCAGUACGCUUCAGCUCCAGUUCUAACCUGUUGGCGACAGGUGGCACGGACAGAGUAAUCAAGCUCUGGGAUGUCAGUGCAGGCAAGCUAAAUAACAGAGGGUCACUAGAUGGAAGCAAUGAAGGAAUAACAAGCAUAGAAUUUGACCCAACAGGAACCAGGAUUUUAGCGGCAUCGUAUGACAAAUCUGCUCUGUUCUGGCGACUGGAUGAUUGUGCACCUAAGUUCACCCUGACUGGUCAUUCACGCAAAGUGACAGCAGCCAAGUUUAAAUGCAGCCUGCGCCAGGUGGUGACUGGAAGUGCCGAUAGAACGGUCAAGGUUUGGGAUCUCCACCGGGCUGCCUGCAUACAGACCAUUGAGGUUCUGUCCUACUGCAGUGAUGUGGUGUGCUCCGAGUACUUCAUCAUCAGUGGGCACUAUGACAGGAAGAUCCGAUUCUGGGACAGCAGGGCAGCAAGCUGUACACAGGAGGUCCCACUCCAGGGGAAGGUGACAUCAUUGGACAUCUGCCCUGACCACAGGCAGCUGCUCAGCUGCUCCCGGGACGAGUGCUUGCAGGUGGUGGACCUGAGGAUGAGCAACUCGAGGAGAUCCUUCAGGGCCGAUGGAUUCAAGUGUGGAUGUGACAGCACUAAAGCUAUUUUCAGCCCUGAUGGGAACUAUCUGGCAGCUGGCUCAGCAGAUGGAGCCGUCUACAUCUGGAAUGUGAACUCUGGCAACCUGGAGACCUGCUUACCUGGCAAGCAUAGCUCCUCCAUCAAUGCGGUGUCCUGGUCAGUAUCCGGAGAGUAUGUGGUGAGCGUGGACAAGAGCCGACGCGCGGUCCUGUGGAGUGAUAUCUGAGGAAGCAGGAGCUUCCAUCUCCAUGGACCGCUGAGUUAUUGCAGAGACCAAACUGUUAUGGUAACGUGACCCUUGCCAUGGGGAAAAACAAAAAAAUAUAUAUAUAUUACCCUCAGUGAGUGGAUAUGAGUGGAUGUAUUUUUGUGUUGACUCACUCCUGUUGUUUUUUGGAAGGUCUGUUCACCCACUGAAAAUAGUUUUUGGUUGGUGGUGUGAAGAUUUUUAUUUUGUUGUUUUUUUUCCACUGUAAUUUAGGGACAGGCUGCACACCUGUGCACAAACUUGUUAGUUUUUUUCCAUGGAGAGACUUGUUUUCUUACCAUAAAAGGUUUUACACUAUAACUGUGUGACCACAUAGUAUACCUAAACAAAAUUUCCAUUGCUGUACCAUGGAAUUACAGGCAGAGAGUAAAAGGGCCUUCUCCACUGCCAUAUCCUUUGCUCUAAGCACUUAAUCUGUCUUUUUAUGGUGUAGUGUGAGGUGCUCAAUCUUAUGAAGAGCUGCAGUCCAUCUGGAAUUUCAAUCUCCUUAAAUGCCUAACAGUCUUAGCUGGGAAGUGACUAAACUGGUUCAGUUAAGACACUAAAUAGCUGAAUCAAGCACCAAGUGCUGGGGUGGAAGUCUAGACUGCAACCCUUCAAGAACACAGAAGGAAUGAAAAUAUUACACUCCUGACCCCCACACAGAAUUUCAGCAUCUUAAUUUUGGUAGAUUACCUUUAUUUUUGUCCUCUGAUUUUGCAUGCCCACACUGAGCAGUGUUGUAAAAACCCAUUUUGAUAGAUAAGAAUUGAUAAGUUUGUAGACACCAAACAGUAAGAGACAAUAGAGUUAAGGGCAUCCAUUAUUAUUACAGAUUGCGUUUUCAUAUUACUAACCUGUGGUCCAAUUCUUUUUCUUCUACUGCGUUAAAUUUAAAGUGAAUGUACAGCAUUUAAUAAUGCACCCAGAAAGGCUAUGGGUAUUCCAAGACAUUUGAACUGAAGAGAAAAAAGAUUGAUUGUUUCCUCCCAUUAACUGGAUUGAGGACUGGGAAUCUGAUGCCUUCAUCUAUCAGAACUAAUACUUCCUAGGAGGCAAUCUGCCCUCUGUAAGAAGGUCCACACAGCCAUGAGGUUAACGUGAGAUUUGUCCAACCAGCAAGCUCGCUUAAACUGACAAUGCUGCCUCUUUUCUGUGAAAAAAGUAUAACAAGAAUGCUGAAGACUGUUUUAUUUAAGCAUUAUCUGGAAUGCCUGUGUAGAUACUCCAGAGAGAGAAAGAACUUGAAUUAGGAUUAUCGAGGAAGCUCUCAUGAUGCUCUUUUUUUAUGUUGGAGAGCAGUUUGUUCAAACAAAGGGAAUGAUGGGGCUAGGAAAUGGCGUUUUUAAAAAUUGAUGAAAGAGAGCCUGACUAGACCCUGCUACAGACUGCCGUCAUCACUGGAACUCAUUUCCAUUGUGCCCUCUGAUGUGCAGUCUUGAAAUUUGCACUUCAAAGGCCCCCAUUGUUUGAUAAUAAUCACACAUUUGCACAUUCGUCUUGCCAGAACUGUUGUAUAGCCUCUUAGGAUCAAACAUAAUGUGCAUUUUAAAGUUUAGAUCUGCUCCAUUUACCCUAUGUAAGACCAUCUUUUCACAGUUGAUUUUUGUGCUCUUCUGUCUGUAUCUUAUUAAACAUGCUGCAGUGACCCAUAGCACUGGUCAUUGAUGCACAAUAUAAUUACACAGAAUAUAUCUUAACUUUUAGCCAUCUGCUUAAGCACACUUUAGAAAAAUCUGACAGGACAGAAGCCACUUGACAUGAAACGCCCCUAUGGGCACCUGCUUUGUAACUCAACAGCUGAUCGCUAAUCAAUUUGUUUGAUUCAGGCUGUCAGCUGGGGUUUCUUCUGCUAUUGUACGCCUCUCCUUGCUUAUCAUUGCCUCGUGUUUUAAGUCUUACCCUUCUCUGCACUGCAGGCAAAAUGCAUUGAUUUCACAUUUGGGCACACUGACAGCUCUUGCCGUGAAAUCUUUGAUGGUUGCAAUUUUCUGCAGCCGUGAUAUUAUCAAUGGCAAGAGCAACAUUUAUCUCUGCUGGUGUGGACAAUAGAGAAGUUAAUUUUUAACUGAAGUAUAAAUAUCUUAAAAUGCACUUUGCAAUGGUCUUAUUUUGAAGUCAUCAAAGAACAUAU